AUGAAGAAGGAGGAAAAGAAAAGCGAGGCUUUUUUGAAGAAACUGGAUCCAGCCUACCAAGUAGAUAAGGGUUCAAAGAUGAAGCUGGUUGUGGAAGUAGCCAAUCCUGAUGCAGAAGUGAAAUGGCUAAAGAAUGGCCAAGAGAUUCGUGUUACUGUGUCAAGGUACAUCUUUGAGAGUAUUGGCAACAAAAGGAUCCUGACCAUUAACAACUGUUCCCUGGCAGACGACGCUGCUUAUCAGUGUGUGAUUGGAGAUGAAAAGUGUUUCACUGAAGUGUUCGUCAGAGAGCCCCCUGUACAGAUCUUGCGCCCACUGGAAGAUCAGGUGGUGAUGGUGGGAGAAAGAGUGGAAUUCGAGUGUGAAGUAUCAGAGGAAGGUGCACAGGUGAAAUGGGAGAAGGACGGGGUAGAGUUGACCAGAGAAGAAACCUUUAAAUAUCGCUUUAAGAAAGAUGGAAAGAAGCAUUACCUUUUUAUUAAUGAGAGCACACUGGAGGACAGCGGCCACUACACCGUCAAGACCAAUGGAGGAGAGUCAGUGGCUGAGCUGAUGGUGCAAGUGGUGAGUCAGCUGGAGGUUCUGCAGGAUGUGGCCGAUCUGACAGUCAAGGCCAAGGAACAGGCCGUCUUCAGGUGUGAGGUGUCUGACGAGACGGUCACUGGAAUAUGGGUAAAGAAUGGAAAAGAAGUGAUUCCCAACGACAGGAUCAAGAUCACCCACAUUGGAAGGGUGCACAAACUGACCAUUGACAAUGUGGUGGCCUCAGACGAAGGAGACUAUUCCUUCAUUCCCAAUGGAUUUGCCUUCAAUCUGUCCGCCAAACUGCACUUUAUGGAGGUGAAGAUUGACUUCGUCCCCAGACAAGAGCCACCAAAGAUUAAACUGGACUGCUCUUCUGGAAAUGCUGACACCAUCAUUGUGGUUGCUGGCAAUAAACUGCGUCUGGAUGUCCCUAUCACCGGAGAUCCGGCACCAACUGUGAUCUGGAGCAAAGGAGACAAGGUAAUAACUGGCUGUUUUCCUGCCUACGUAAAGUGGACCAAUGGUAAUGAUUUAUAA